CUUUCUGACUGAUACCGUGGGCGACCACCGGCUGGAGAAUCAAAAAGGUGUACACGCAUUCUCACUAUAUCUGUGAUCUUUUCGGCGCCAGUCACAGUCCUCUCUUGUAUGUUCUCGGACUUAAACAGUGGAGGGUACACAACACGCUGCCUAGUCGCAAAUAUGGGCAAAUAACACCGAUAUACCCAUCGCCUCUUUUGAGGGGUCAAUCUAAGACGGGACUGUGGAAUGGGGUGUUACGGAGGUAAACAUCAUGUCGUGCCGUCCACACAGCAAGCAGUGAGUGCACAGUGUCGACUAUUUGAAUUAAAGUCAAAAAGCAAAGCAACAUCCAUCGAGAAGGCUGGCUACAUUCAAACGAGAGGCAUCCUGGGUGACUCGUCCUUCAUGAAGACCUCCAAGCUCACUUGGGAUAGCUACGACCUACCCCGCCUACAAGCUAAGCUCCCCAUCUUACAUAUUCAUCUCGGCGGCUACCAUCACGAAGUCAAGCUCGUCAUGCGACAUGGAAAUGCGGGGUUUACCAUCCUACAACGGCUAUCCAACGAUCACCCUUCGGUUCCUUUCAAUCCACGUUACAGUCAUUAG